AUGGGUGAUGCCGCAAUGGCAGAGUUUGGACCUGCUGCGUCCUACCUUAGGAAGUCAGACAAGGAGCGUUUAGAAGCCCAGACUCGUAUAUUUGACAUGAAAAAAGAAUGCUUUGUGCCUGACCCUGAGGUUGAAUACGUGAAGGCUUCUAUCACCAGUCGUGACGGUGACAAGGUCACGGCUCAGACUGAAUUUGGAAAGACAGUCACAGUGAAGGAGUGUGACGUCCAUCCUCAGAACCCGCCGAAGUUUGAUAAAAUUGAAGACAUGGCGAUGUUUACUUUCCUCCACGAGCCCGCUGUGCUGUUCAACCUCAAAGAGCGAUACGCAGCAUGGAUGAUCUAUACCUACUCUGGGCUGUUCUGUGUGACUGUCAACCCCUACAAGUGGCUGCCAGUCUACAACCAGGAAGUAGUUAUUGCUUAUAGAGGAAAGAAGAGGAGUGAAGCUCCUCCUCACAUCUUCUCCAUCUCUGACAAUGCCUACCAGUACAUGCUGGCAGACAGAGAAAACCAGUCGAUCCUCAUCACUGGAGAAUCUGGAGCUGGAAAGACGGUCAACACCAAGCGAGUCAUUCAGUACUUUGCCAGCAUUGCUGCUGUGCCAAGUGGUGGCAAAAAAGAUCAAGCUGCUGAAAAGAAGGGUACUCUAGAGGAUCAAAUCAUCCAGGCCAACCCUGCUCUGGAGGCUUUUGGUAAUGCCAAGACCAUCAGGAAUGACAACUCCUCCAGAUUUGGCAAAUUCAUUCGCAUUCAUUUUGACAACAGAGGAAAACUGGCUUCUGCUGAUAUUGAGACUUAUCUUCUGGAAAAGUCUCGUGUGACCUAUCAGCUCAAAGCUGAGAGGGACUACCACAUUUUCUACCAGAUCUUGUCUCAAGUAAAGCCUGAACUUCUGGAAAUGCUGCUCAUCACCAACAACCCCUAUGACUACGCAUUCAUCUCCCAAGGAGAGACGACUGUAGCCUCCAUCAAUGAUUCUGAAGAGUUGAUGGCCACUGAUGAUGCCUUUGAUGUGCUGGGCUUCACUCAAGAAGAGAAGAACAGUAUUUACAAGCUGACCGGUGCCAUCAUGCACUAUGGUAACAUGAAGUUUAAGCAGAAGCAACGAGAGGAGCAGGCAGAGGCCGAUGGCACUGAAGAUGCUGACAAAGUAGCUUAUCUGAUGGGUCUCAACUCUGCCGACCUCAUCAAAGGUCUCUGCCACCCAAGAGUUAAAGUAGGAAAUGAGUGGGUGACCAAGGGACAAAAUGUCGCCCAGGUGUACUAUGCUAUCGGUGCACUGUCUAAGGCAGUGUAUGAGAAGAUGUUUCUGUGGAUGGUAAUGAGGAUUAACCAAUCCUUAGACACCAAGCAGCCACGCCAGUACUUCAUUGGUGUGCUGGAUAUCGCUGGGUUUGAAAUAUUUGAUUUCAACACCUUCGAGCAGCUUUGCAUCAACUUCACCAAUGAAAAACUGCAACAGUUUUUCAACCACCACAUGUUUGUGCUGGAGCAAGAAGAGUAUAAGAAGGAGGGUAUUGAGUGGGAGUUCAUUGAUUUUGGAAUGGACCUGCAGGCCUGUAUUGACCUCAUUGAAAAGCCUAUGGGCAUCAUGUCCAUCCUUGAAGAGGAAUGCAUGUUCCCCAAAGCCAGCGACACCACCUUUAAAGCUAAACUCUAUGACAACCAUCUGGGGAAAUCCAACAACUUCCAGAAGCCCAGAGUUGUCAAAGGGAAACCAGAGGCCCAUUUCUCUUUGGUGCACUAUGCUGGAACUGUUGAUUACAAUAUCAACAACUGGCUGGUGAAGAACAAGGAUCCCCUGAAUGAGACUGUGGUUGGUCUUUUCCAAAAGUCAAACCUUAAGCUUUUAGCAAUACUUUUUGCUGGAUAUGCAGGGGCUGAUUCGGCCCAAGAAUCUGGAGGGAAGGGCAAAGGUGGCACAAAGAAAAAAGGUUCAUCCUUCCAAACUGUAUCAGCUUUACACAGGGAGAACCUGAACAAGCUGAUGACCAACUUGAGGUCCACUCACCCUCACUUUGUGCGAUGCAUCAUCCCCAAUGAGACCAAGACUCCUGGGGCCAUGGAGAACCCUCUGGUGAUGCACCAGCUGCGCUGUAACGGUGUGCUGGAAGGCAUCAGGAUCUGCAGGAAGGGUUUCCCCAACAGGAUCCUCUACGGAGACUUCAAGCAGAGAUAUCGUAUAUUAAACCCUAAUGCAAUUCCUGAGGGACAGUUUAUCGACAACAAAAAAGCUGCUGAGAAACUUUUGGGAUCUCUGGACAUUGACCACAACCAGUACAAGCUGGGUCACACCAAAGUGUUUUUUAAAGCUGGACUACUUGGCCAGUUGGAGGAAAUGCGAGAUGACCGACUGGCUCUGAUCAUCACUGGUAUCCAAGCUCGGUCACGGGGUCUUUUAGCAAGAAUUGAAUUCCAAAAAAUUGUGGAACGCAGGGAUGCACUGCUUGUGAUCCAGUGGAACAUUCGCGCUUUUAUGGGGGUCAAAAACUGGCCUUGGAUGAAGAUGUACUUCAAAAUUAAACCUCUGUUAAAGUCAGCGGAAACUGAAAAGGAAAUGGCCAACAUGAAGGAGGAGUUUGCCAAACUGAAAGAGGCUUUUGCAAAAUCAGAAGCCCGCCGUAAAGAACUUGAAGAGAAAAUGGUCACUCUCCUCCAAGAAAAGAAUGACCUGCAGCUCCAAGUCCAUGCUGAACAAGAUAAUCUGUGUGAUGCUGAAGAAAGGUGUGAGGGGCUCAUCAAGAGCAAGAUUCAACUGGAGGCAAAAAUCAAAGAGGUGACUGAAAGACUGGAAGAUGAGGAGGAGAUGAACGCUGAACUGACGGCUAAGAAGAGAAAGCUGGAGGAUGAAUGUUCUGAGUUAAAGAAAGACAUUGAUGACCUAGAGUUAACUCUGGCCAAAGUGGAGAAAGAGAAACAUGCCACUGAGAACAAGGUAAAGAACCUCACUGAGGAGAUGGCCGCUUUGGAUGAAAUCAUUGCCAAGCUGACCAAAGAAAAGAAAGCCUUACAAGAAGCUCACCAGCAAACACUGGAUGACCUGCAGAGUGAAGAAGACAAAGUCAACAGUCUGACCAAGGCUAAAGCUAAGCUGGAGCAGCAAGUGGAUGAUCUUGAAGGGUCUCUAGAACAAGAGAAAAAAAUACGUAUGGACCUUGAAAGAGCAAAGCGAAAGCUCGAAGGAGAUCUGAAGUUAGCACAAGAGAGUAUAAUGGACCUGGAAAAUGACAAGCAGCAACUCGAAGAGAGGCUGAAAAAGAAAGAUUUUGAAAUCAGUCAACUCAAUGGCAAAAUAGAGGACGAACAGACAAUGAGUGCUCAGCUCCAGAAGAAACUGAAAGAGUUGCAGGCUCGCAUUGAGGAGCUGGAAGAAGAGCUUGAGGCAGAGCGAGCUGCCCGAGCCAAAGUAGAGAAGCAGAGAUCAGACUUGGCCAGAGAACUGGAGGAGAUCAGUGAGAGGCUGGAGGAGGCUGGUGGAGCAACAGCUGCUCAGAUUGAGAUGAACAAGAAGAGGGAGGCUGAGUUCCAGAAGCUCCGCAGAGACCUUGAAGAGGCCACUCUGCAGCAUGAGGCUACUGCUGCUACACUCAGGAAGAAGCAAGCUGACAGCGUUGCUGACCUGGGAGAACAGAUUGACAACCUGCAGAGAGUCAAGCAGAAACUGGAGAAGGAGAAGAGUGAGCUCAGACUGGAGCUGGAUGACGUGGCUUCCAACAUGGAGCAGGUUGUGAAGGCCAAGAACAAUUUGGAGAAAAUGUGCAGGUCUCUGGAAGAUCAGAUGAAUGAAUACAAAACAAAGGCAGAAGAGGGACAACGUGCCAUCAAUGAUUUCUCUAUGCAGAAAGCAAAGCUUCAAACUGAAAAUGGUGAACUCACCAGGCAGGUGGAGGAAAAGGGGUCGUUGGUGUCUCAGCUCACCAGAGGAAAACAGUCAUAUACUCAGCAAAUUGAAGACCUGAAAAGACAACUGGAGGAAGAAAUCAAGGCCAAGAACGCAUUAGCUCAUGCAGUGCAGUCAGCUCGUCAUGACUGUGACCUGCUCAGGGAGCAGUAUGAGGAGGAGCAGGAGGCCAAGGCUGAACUGCAGCGCGGCAUGUCCAAGGCUAAUUCUGAGGUGGCUCAGUGGAGAACUAAGUAUGAAACUGAUGCCAUCCACAGAACCGAGGAACUGGAGGAGGCCAAGAAGAAGCUGGCUCAGCGUCUGCAGGAGGCUGAGGAGGCUGUAGAAGCAGUGAAUGCUAAAUGUUCCUCUCUGGAGAAGACCAAACACAGACUGCAGAAUGAGAUUGAAGAUCUCAUGGUGGAUGUGGAGAGGUCUACUGCUGCUGCUGCUGUUCUGGAUAAGAAGCAAAGGAACUUUGAUAAGGUAUUGUCUGAAUGGAAACAAAAAUAUGAGGAGUCUCAAACUGAACUAGAGAGUUCUCAGAAAGAGGCCAGGUCUCUGAGCACUGAGCUCUUCAAACUGAAGAACUCCUAUGAGGAAUCUCUAGAACAUCUGGAAACCAUGAAGAGAGAAAACAAGAACCUCCAGGAGGAGAUAUCUGACCUCACUGAACAAAUUGGUGAAGGUGGGAAGAGUAUUCAUGAGCUGGAGAAGAUACGAAAACAGCUGGAACAAGAAAAGUCAGACAUACAAACUGCUCUGGAGGAAGCAGAGGCUUCGCUGGAACAUGAGGAAGGGAAAAUUCUCAGAGCUCAGCUUGAGUUCAAUCAGGUGAAGGCUGACAUUGAACGGAAGCUCACAGAGAAAGAUGAAGAAAUGGAGCAAGCAAAAAGGAACCAACAGCGAGUUGUGGAUACUCUUCAAAGCUCUCUGGAGGCUGAGACUCGCAGCAGGAAUGAGGCCCUUCGUCUGAAGAAGAAGAUGGAGGGAGACCUCAAUGAGAUGGAGAUCCAGCUCAGCCAGGCCAACAGGCAGGCGGCUGAGGCUCAGAAACAGCUCAAGGUUGUUCAUGCGCAUCUGAAGGACACUCAGCUGCAGCUGGAUGAUUCUAUGCGAGCCAAUGAUGAUAUGAAAGAGAACAUUGCUAUUGUUGAGAGACGCAACAACCUGCUACAGGCUGAAGUGGAGGAGCUGAGGGCGGCUCUAGAGCAAACAGAGAGAGGUCGCAAACUUGCUGAACAAGAGCUGCUGGAUGUUAGUGAGCGCGUGCAGCUACUGCACUCACAGAACACCAGCCUGAUAAACCAGAAGAAGAAGCUGGAGGCUGAUACAUCCCAGCUUCAGACUGAAGUGGAGGAAGCGGUGCAGGAGUGCAGAAACGCAGAGGAAAAGGCCAAGAAGGCCAUCACUGAUGCAGCCAUGAUGGCAGAAGAGCUGAAGAAGGAGCAGGACACUAGUGCUCACUUGGAACGGAUGAAGAAGAACAUGGAGCAAACCAUCAAAGACCUGCAGCACCGCCUGGAUGAGGCUGAGCAGAUCGCCAUGAAGGGAGGCAAGAAGCAGGUGCAGAAGCUGGAGGCCAGGAUUAGAGAAUUAGAAAAUGAAGUAGAGGCUGAGCAACGGAAGUCCAGCGACGCCGUCAAGGGAAUAAGAAAAUAUGAGAGACGCAUUAAAGAAUUGACCUAUCAGACUGAGGAGGAUCGCAAGAACCUUUCCCGUUUGCAAGAUCUGGUAGACAAGCUGCAGCUGAAGGUCAAAUCCUAUAAAAAAUCUGCAGAAGAAUCUGAGGAACAGGCCAACAGCAAUCUAACCAAGUUCCGCAAGCUUCAACAUGAGCUUGAUGAAGCUGAAGAGAGAGCUGACAUCGCAGAGUCUCAGGUCAACAAGCUGCGAGCUAAGAGUCGUGACGUGGGGUCAAAGAAAGGACAUGAUGAAGAAUAGAGCUCCAUUGAACGCCUUUAGUUUCUGAGACACCUGAUCAAAAUUGUCUCCCUAAGCAUGUUGUUUAAGCAGUAGAAUAAAUUUAAUCUGCAUCUGAAA